CCUGAAAAGUAGGCUGUACAAGUAGGUUAAAGCAUGAAGCUUUGCUGCCUGGUCCAAAUCUUCUCUCUUCCACAGCCUAAAUUCCCGCCUUUUUCCUUUCUUCCCUCUGCCAUAACCCCCUCCCUUCUCGCUUCCAAUCUCUCCUUGCGUCAUUGUUUUCAAUGGAGCAUCCUCCCCGGUUGCAUUACCUUCUUUCGGAGGAGAAGGGGAGCGGUGGGGGCUUGUGGAGGCGUGUGCAGCGCCGACCAAUUAGAGACCGCCGUGGCCGCCGGACCGCACAUGUUUACAGGCAGCAUUCCGCCGGUAGAGUCCCCGCUCGGUCUGAGGUGACGGCGGACUGGAUGCGGCAGUAGUUGGAACCGGAGCCGGUUAACGGUCAAAUUUCAAUCUUUUGUAACACAUACGGCGAGGUGUCGGGGUACAGAGCCGUGUGGGGCGGAAAAAUUCGACGUGCUGGCUCCCGUGCCUCUAUGCUCAAGCUGUUUGCCCUGUAUUAGCCACCAUUUUUACAUAAUCGUGUAUAAGUGUCGCCUCGGCUCACGACUACGGCGAUUAGUCCGCGUUUUCCCGCCGCCCCUUCAGCUCGCAGGGAGCAGAGAGGAAAACAAACAGGUCGAACGGAGGAAGAUUGGUAGCCGGUUGGAUGUAGAGGUUGUUUAGCGGCGAAUGAAUCGUAGUCGUCGGCUACUAAUUCAGAGCUGGUCGGUUUCUUGUUUCUUUUUUUACGGGGUGCUUGUGCGCGGUGCAUUCCGGACGCUGUUUGGAGUUUCCCCCUCCUCCGAGUAUGUUGCCCCUUUCUAACAUUUUGUCAGGGCUGUUGGAGCGCGUAGUCUACCCGCUGCAGUUUUGUGUUUUUCACGACGCUGUUUACCGGCUAUAAUUCGACGCUUAAUGAUUUAAUUUUACCGGCUCGCCGGCUUUGAAUACAGUGAAACGGUUUUUAGAGAUGCACACGAGGCGCCUGGUGAAGCGCUCGGUCCUCGGCAGCCGCGUUUAUGCGCCGAGUCCGACGGGGGACGGUGCCCCGGUGACAGGAGUGGUCCAGGCUGUCAAGCAGGAAAACAGAGACUUGUCGGCUGCGGGAGCCCGGCGAAGCGUCUACACCGUGCUCAUGCAAGACGGGAGCCUCAAGGAGUUCUCCGAGGAGGAGAUAGCCUCGGGCUUCAACCACACCGCAGCCAAAGGACCACUCAAGUCCAGCCUGAAGCAGAGCUCCAGUAACGGAGCUCCAGAUGGCCAGAAGGUGGAGGGCAGCUGUCUGAGCCCAGAGCCAGCGGAGGAGCAGCGUUCAACGGACGGAAAACGUGUUAGCCGGGACUCUGACACCCGAUCGGUGUCCCUGCUGGAGCAGAAACGCAAAGUAGUCUCCUCCAGCAUUGACGUCCCCCACGCUAGGCGGUCGGAGGAGGAAGUGGAUAUGGACAAAGUGACGGCCGCUAUGGUGCUGACGAGCCUCUCUACCAGCCCGCUGGUGAGGAGCCCACCUGUGAGAGUCAGUGAGGGUCUGAGUGGAUCGUGGAAAGACAACGGCUCGGCCGGACCCUUCACCCCAUCGAGCAACAGCUCCUCGGGCUACUGGAGCUGGUCUGCUCCGAGCGAUCAGUCCAACCCCUCCACACCAUCCCCACCGCUCUCUGCAGACAGCUUCAAGCCCUUCCGUGUACCCAGCCUGGGAGGGGUGGGGCCUGGCCCCGCAGGACCUGAAGACCCCAUUCUGGAUGAGCAGGACGGGAGCAGCCUGCUCUUUGAUGAGCCCAUCCCUCGCAAGCGCAAGAACUCCAUGAAGGUGAUGUUCAAGUGCCUGUGGAAGAACUGUGGCAAGCUGAGUACUGCCGCUGGCAUUCAGAGACACAUCCGCACCAUCCACCUGGGUCGUAACUGUGACUCAGACCUCAGCGACGGUGAGGAGGACUUCUACUACACGGAGAUUAAGCUGAACACGGACUCGGUGGCCGACGGGCUGAGCAGCCUGUCCCCAGCUUCGCCUCUGUCCUGUCUCCCGCCUCCUCCCCCGUCUCCUCUCCCCUCGGUCAGCCAGCUGCCAGACUCCCAUAAACCGACUCAACCCUCUGACACCAAGGAGCCCCACGCCGGCGGCACCACGCCGCUCAGCCGCUCUGCACCCAGCGCUCUCUACCUCAUCCACACAGACCAUGCCUACCAG